AUGUGCGACUGUGGCCAGAUUGAGGCUUUCGCCCACGUUCGGCAUGUGCCAACAGACGAUGCGCUUCGGUACCGAUGGCCGACUGCAAGCUGUCUUCUAGGCCCGAAGCCGACAAGCCGAGCUCCCAUUGGCCGACUGCGUCCUGUAAGCGGGUCGCUCCUCUGCUCGGCCGGGGAGAGACAAAGCAAUGUGAAAUUGAAUGGAAACGUCAGCUCAACUCAUAUGAUUGUGGGAAAAUUCUUCGAGUACAAGCUUGUCCUCUUGACGACCGGCCUCAUGGGUACCGUGUCUGGUAAGCCGUCACUGAACCGAGACGUUUUGCAACUGGACUCGUGGCUUGUCAGUAGAAUGACACUCUUUUUGGACAGGCGAAGCAUGAGCUUGCGUGUCAUGCAGUGCCAACGAUACUAG